AUGGCGGAAGUCGAUGUUGUUUCUCGGCAGGCCCAAAAGGGAAAACGUAAACAAACGGGCACGUGCCGUCAUGUGGUGCGGGCGUCAGGAGCCCUCGGUGCGUCGCUUCAUAAUGUCCUCAGUCGCGUCAAGUCCCAUCCCCAGACCUACCCCGCAAUCGACAUAGCGUACUCUCCUUCGGAACCCAUCCAGAAGCCCGUAACGCUGCAGCUGCCGUCCAACGGUCUCCGUCUGCGCUUCGACGGUCCUGAUCAACGGCUACGUCUGAUCGAAGUGCUGGACUUCUCCAAGAUCACUCUUGUCUAUAAGAGCCAGGAGGUACUGAAGGGGGUCAAGCCGCAGGAACAGCCGGUCUCGCAGCAAGGACCUAGUUUCCGACAUGUCUACAAUCGUCUCUUCGGUCCCUCCUACCCGGGCGAAUACAUUCCUCCGGCCACUCAAUCCCCCUAUGGCACGUACGUGCUUUCAUACCCCGGGGUUUCGUUUUCGUUCCCCCUCCAGCAUUCCGCAUGGUCCGACCAGUGCGACUUUGUAGCGUUGCUGUCCUCCUCGGCGGCGUUGACGGCAACCUCGAUGGCCAUCUUCCAAGGCGCAUCGUGGCCUGAGGCUCGGAACAAGUUGUUCACUCAGCAACCGCAGUAUCCUCGCUUUCCGGCGUUGGCGGGGAAAACUCGAGACGUGGUGCCGGAUGAGGUGGAAGAGUUCCUCAUCUUAGGUGCUGGCAAGCUGGAAGCGGUUCGCCGAUCCACGCCGUCUUCUUAUAUCAGCCUAGCCGAAACCACACCGCAGGACCUGAUCGCUGAAUUCGGUCCGCCCGACGCCAUCUACCGUAAAAAUGAUCGAAGAAUCUCCAUACACCGUGCCGCUGGCGGUAAUGGCGACGACCCUCUUCGCAUAAGCCCGUCUCCGGGCCGGGGAAUGGAUGUGACUGACACCGACCAUUCGUCCAACAGCGGCACAGACGACUCGGAUGACGAGUUAUCCCAAACCUAUAAUCUAGAUCCCAUGUCGCUUCCCACUGAAUGUUUUUUCAAUUACUUCCACCAUGGCUUCGAUGCCUUCAUCUCGUACCCUACCACUCCCGGGCCUGCGUUCCCCGGUUCCGCUCUCGCGGAUCCAACUCCCCCAUCCCCCUCGUCUAAUCUAGUCGUGACCAAGAUCAUUCUACACGGCAAUGUGCCCGGGUCUUAUCCUUUCAAUCGCCACCGACGCAGUCGCUGGAAGGUCAACUUAAAUCCUUCCAAUCAAGUCAUCACCUCCGAAACCCGGUACGAUGAGAUCUCCGAGCGUCUCCGGGGUGUUUGGAAAGGUUAUUAUGCGAACUCUGCGGAAGAACGAGCUCUGCAGAGGCCCAUGGUGCUGAACCGCGGUUGGGGCGACAGCCCGGAGAGUAGCGUGGAGUUCCUGGGCGGGUGGGAGGAGAGUACGGGCAAAGGUCAACGGACCGGUCAUGAUAAUCACGACGGAGGACUGGGUAAUACGGAGUUAUUUGGCUAUCCCGGACUGCUUUUCGAGGUUCUGAAGAAUGGUGCCGUCAGCUGCUUGACCAUAUAUUGA